CCAAGCUGGAGCUGUGUCAAACCAAGCUGGAGCUGUGUUUCCUGUCUCAAGCCAAGUUACAGAGCCACCGCACAAGAUGGCCGCCACGCCAGAGCCACCGCACAAGAUGGCCGCCACGCCAGAGCCACCGCACAAGAUGGCCGCCUCGCCAGAGCCACCGCACAAGAUGGCCGCCACGUCAGAGCCGGCUAAAGCCCCGUCAGCCAAGCCACAGCCUACUCAGGCCAUCUCAGUCAAGCCACAGCCUGGUCACGUCAUGUUUUCUGCUCCUGAGUCGGCACCCAUCAUGGCCGGUCUUCCCGAAGCGGUUUCAGAGUCAAGUCACGUCCCGUCUGGUCCCAAGUCUGCUCCAGAGCUCCCGUCAGUUGGAGAAGCCGCGCCAAUGCCUCCUGAGGUGUCAGCCGUGGCUGUGGAUCCUCCCUUGGAGGUGGCGCCCCCCUACAAACUCUCUGCUUCUUCCCUCAUUCUGUCUGCCUCCUCUGUCACUGUUCUCCCCAGGUCCCAGUCUAUUAUGCGGGUUCCUGCUCAGCCCUGGUGGGCCCUGGCGCCUCCUGUUCCGCCCUGGAGGGCCUCGGCGCCUCCUGUUCCGCCCUGGAGGGCCUCGGCGCCUCCUGUUCCGCCCUGGAGGGCCUCGGCGCCUCCUGCUCUGCCUCCGGUUCCGUCCUGGAAGGUCCCGGUGUCUCCUGCUCUGCCUCCGGCUCCGCCCUGGAGGGCUCCUGCGCCUCCUGCUCUGCCUCCGGCUCCGCCCUGGAGGGCUCCUGCGCCUCCUGCUCUGCCUCCGGCUCCGCCCUGGAGGGCUCCUGCGCCUCCUGCUCUGCCUCCGGCUCCGCCCUGGAGGGCUCCGGUGCCUCCUGUUCCGCCUCCGGCGGCGCCCUGGAGGGCCCCUGUGCCUCCUGCACCGCCUCCGGCUCCACCCUGGUGGGCUCCUGCUCUGUCGGUCCUGCCCCAGUCACCUGGUCCUCUGCACGGACCUGGCCCUCCAGCCCUUGCCCUGUCUCACCCCCGCCCCACCGCUCCGCUGGAAUAUGGUUCGUUUGUAGCGUCUGGAAGCCGCUCUUUGGGAGGGGGCUAUGUUACGAAUCUGGUCGGUGAGCUGCGGACCGCUCACCACCAGAUGUCGCUCUCCCUCUGUUUACACACUCUGACUGUUGCACUACACCCCGGACUCCAUUCCCCAUCAGCCAUUGCACUACACCCCCGUCCAAUCAGAGACAGUAUAAAAGCCCCGAUCUUUCUGUCACUCACCGCUGAGUAUUGUUCUGUGUUUAUCUGGUCAUACGAAGCGUUUCUCUGUGUUCAUCCCGUGUCGUGUCUUUCUGUUAUUCUGGCUCCUCGUCUGGUUUGUCUCGACCCCCCGCCUGUUUAUCGACUACUCUCUGCCUAGCCCUUAUACACCUGUCUGCUCCUGUCUGACCACGCCUGCCUUGACCAUGUCUCUGUCCAAAUCCUUCAAUAAAAGCGUGCAAAUGGA